AUGAUCUCUCAAACGACGAAGGAGUUGAAAGCUUACGAGGUUGAUCCUAAAGUCAAAGUUGUGAUACUGAAGGGAAAUGGAAAGGCAUUUUGUGUAGGUGGUGAUGUUGUGUCAUCAUAUAUUUGUUUGGUUGCAGGGCAUUGGAGUUAUGCUGCAAUUUCUUACAAGAAGCAAAUCAUGCUGGACUAUUUAGUUGCUACAUAUGGAAAGCCUGUGGUUGCACUUAUUGAUGGAAUCGUGAUGGGGGGUGGUGCUGGGCUAUCAAUGCAUGGAAGGUUCAAGAUUGUCACUGAAAAUACUGUGUUUUCUAUGCCAGAAACAUCAAUAGGACAUUUUGUUGAUGUUGGGGCAUCAUAUUUCCUUUCCAGGCUUCCUGGAUUUUUUGGUGAAUAUUUGGGACUUACUGGAACUAAGAUAAGAGGGGCAGAUAUGGUUGGGUGUGGCCUUGUUACUCAUUUCGUCCUCUCAAAGAAUCUCCAUUUGUUGGAAAGUGAACUAGAUAAAGUAACUUCUUCUGAUACCAACACAAUCUCUAAGAUCAUCAGCAGAUUUGAGCACAGACCAAAUGUCAAACAGGAUGGUGUUUAUAGUAGAUUGGAGAUUAUUAACAAAUGUUUCUCAAGAAAAACAGUGGAAGAAAUACUGUCAUCACUAGAGAGUGAGGCAGAAAAUAGAAGAGAAAAGUGGAUUCUUGAGGCAAUCAAAUCGAUGAAGUCAGCCUGUCCGAUAAGCCUUAAAAUAUCUCUCAGAUCGAUCAGAGAGGGCCGCACGCAAGAACUUGAUCAAUGCCUUGCCCGCGAAUAUAACAUUUUUUGCCACAUUAAGAGAAGAACAGUGAGCAAUGAUUUUUAUGAGGGAAUGAGGGCCAUGUUAUUGGACAAAGACAAAAAUCCCAAGUGGAAGCCGGCAAAAUUAGAGCUAGUGACUGAUGAAAUGGUGAACCGAUAUUUCUCCAGAGUUGAUGAAGAUGACUGGGAAUCCCUUCAACUGCCUGCUAGAUCCAACUUAGUUGAUGCUAUGAGGCCAAGACUCUGA